AUGACCCUCAAGAACAAGUAUCCUUUACCGAGGAUCGAUGACCUCUUCGAUCAGCUGCAAGGAGCUGGAGUUUUCUCGAAAAUGGACUUGAGAUCGGGUUAUCAUCAGCUAAGAAUUCGACAAGACGAUAUACCAAAGACUGCGUUCCGCACUAGAUAUGGCCAUUAUGAGUUCACGGUAAUGCCUUUUGGGCUUACCAAUGCUCCAGCUGUGUUCAUGGACCUAAUGAACAGCGUGUUCCACCCGUAUUUGGAUAGGUUCGUCUCAGUCUUUAUAGAUGAUGUGCUCAUCUACUUGAAGAACGAGAUGGAACACGAGGAACAUUUGAGGACCACUUUAGAAACGUUAAGAGCCGAGAAACUCUAUGCUAAGUUCAGCAAAAAGACUGCACCUCAAGUGGCUGCUUUCCUCACACAAGAGGAGGAGCUUAUUCGGGAAUUCGCCAAGAUGCGACUGGAGAUAGUAAGAGCCCCGGAAACAGUAGAUAGCAGAAUUUCCACCUUGGUCGUAGAACCAGAUUUAAGAGCCAGAAUCAUCGACGCCCAGAGAUGCGAUGAGGCCCUAGAAAAGGUCCGUCUCAAAGUGAGGACCGGCAAAGGAGAUAGUUACCGCGAAGAGUCGGAUAACGCUCUCACUUUUGAAAGAAGACUAUGCAUACCCAACGAUGAGGAACUUAGGAACGAGAUCAUGAGUGAAGCUCAUGAGAUGCCUUACACUGCCCAUCCUCGAAGUAUGAAAAUGUAUCAGGACUUGAAGAAGCAACUUUGGUGGGAUGGCAUGAAGAGACGCAUAACAUCAUUUGUAGAAAGAUGCCUGACUUGCCAGCAAGAACACUCCCACUACGACAUGGUUCUUACAAUCUUAGGUGUUGAGGUUGAUUUUAGUGCAAAAGUUUCAAAUGGUAUCACUCCUUGGUAA